ACCUUUUCCGGUAACACAGCACCGCUGUGACUGAAAGGCUGGAGAGAGAGAGGGAGGAAGAGAGACAGAGAGCGGCAAGAUUGGGGAGAAACGGCCCGGGGACUGGGGGAUGAUUGCCGCAGACGUAGGGGGAAGAGAAGAAAGUCGGAUGAAUCAAUGACCUUUUGAACGCUCUUCCUGUGGAUGUCCCGGUGCAGAAACGGAACGUGAAGCUCAUUUUUGGGCGUGUUUUGAUACGAAAAACACUGUGCUUGGAAAUCAAUCGACUGGAAUCGGCUAAGGGCAAGUUUGGACAGCCGGCAGCCAAGGAGGAAGUGGGAACCCCGGGCUUGGACAGGGCCUGAUUUAUAUAGUAAGCUAGGCAACAAAAAAAAGCCACUCUGUUUUUCAAAUCAAAUGAGAGAAAGAAGAUUUUUGACCGAGAAGAAACACUUGAAAUGUUGAUUUUGAAGGAAGUCUAGUUUGAAACAACGGGAUGUCAUUUUUUCUCCUUACAUCGGAGGGCAGUGGAUCAUGAAAAUAUAUCCCCACCCAAUUCUGCGAGGGCUACCCACAUACUGCUCCCCUUGAAGUCACCCUCUCAGGUCAGAUCAUCCAGCUAAUUGUAGUCGGUUAUCAAACUGCACAAACUUGAGAGUCACCGCCUUUUGAAUAUUGACACUGUCAGCCCACCGCUGCCAUCACGUGGACUUUCAGACACACUGAUACUGUAACUUCUCAGUUGUAUUGAAAACAACUUUGACUUUGUCCCUCAUAAGAGAAGUUUUUUCCCUCCAUCAAAGUAUUUAUGCACGGCAAACAAGAUGGGCAAAGUGCUGUCAAAGAUCUUUGGCAACAAGGAGAUGAGAAUAUUGAUGCUUGGACUUGAUGCUGCUGGUAAAACUACCAUCCUGUACAAGCUGAAGCUGGGACAGUCGGUCACCACCAUCCCCACCGUUGGAUUCAACGUGGAGACGGUCACGUAUAAGAAUGUGAAGUUCAACGUGUGGGAUGUGGGGGGGCAGGACAAGAUCAGACCACUGUGGAGACAUUACUACACAGGCACCCAGGGCCUCAUUUUCGUGGUGGACUGCGCCGACAGGGAUAGGAUCGAUGAGGCGAAGCAGGAGCUCCACCGAAUCAUCAACGACCGGGAGAUGAGGGACGCCAUCAUCCUGAUCUUCGCCAACAAACAGGACCUUCCAGACGCCAUGAAACCCCACGAGAUCCAGGAGAAGCUGGGCCUGACCCGGAUCAGAGAUAGGAAUUGGUACGUUCAGCCCUCGUGUGCGACAACAGGGGAUGGACUAUACGAGGGCCUGACCUGGCUUACCUCAAAUUACAAAUCUUAAUGUUUCUCCAUUCACCAGCCUGGACACUUUGAGGCUAAUAAAGUAGCCGAGAAUGAAAAAAAAAAUGCAAUCUGAAGCAAUUAAUACCAUGACCUCUCUGCUGAGUGUAUAUCAAAGAGAGAAGCAAUUAUAUUUUUGUUUUAUUUUCCUUUUUUUGAUAUUGACUUCAAUAUAACCCCAGAUUUCAUUUAAACAAAAGACAAUUUAUUUUUCUGGCUUUAUUUUUCUUUAUAAUCAGUACUGUUUAAAUAUACAAGACGCUUUCUUUUGAGCUCUUCUUUCGUUCUCCUCUCUUUGUAUAAUGUCUUUUUAGGGGACUCUUUGGGACACUUUUGCCUAUGCUUGACUCUCAUACAGUAUUCUCAUGACCCAGCUACAUAUCCAAAGGAUGGGAAAAGUCCAGAAACCAUUGCCUACAUCAGCAUAUCACUUUCAUGGCCCAAACUGCCUCUGUAAUUUGUAAGAAUGUGUAUUCUGGAUAUGUUUGGACCUCAAGAAAAAAAAAACAGUUUUCAUAAUUGAUUGUACUGGGAUGCUUGAGGAGAUGUGUUUGUUCUUAUUUCCUGUGCAGUGAUCACAUCCAUCAUGUCUACUGUGGCGGCCUGUUUGAAAGACACUAUGUGGACGCUGGAUAUUCACACACACUCACACUGUGAUAUGGAUAUAUAUUUUUGUUGUUUCAAGGUCUGAAUUCGUUACCACCAGUCUCAUUUCUGCCUCUUGUGUUUCACCCAGAGCUUCCAUUACUGUCGAGUAUUUGUAGUUUCAGCUGCCUUCAGGAGCGACCCGGGUUACAGGUGCCCCAAAAUCAAGACAGCGGCAGAAGGUAUUCUCAAAUGUUGAGUUUGCACUUUGGGACGGGGGGGUUGGUAACCAGUUAGCUGGCUGUUCACAUUUCAGACAACUGACUUUUGGACCCCAGCAAAUGUUAACGAUAUUCCCAACCCCCCUCCACCUCCAAUGUAGGUGCUUAGUGUCUUGAACCUUCUUUUCUUUUUACCCAUCAUCCUCUGCCUGUACACUUAAGUUCCUGCAUCUAUCUGUUAAAAUUCCAAAAGAUACUGCGCUGUUUUGAUUGUGUUCCCUUUCUCUUUUGCUAUGCUGUUGAAAUAAUAAAAAAAUAUAUCCAGAUCA